AUGACUGUUGUCUAUUUACCACCCAAUACAGGACUACACCUAUACACUCUGGGUGGUGAUGUCUAUGCUGAAUGCUUAUCGGAUAGCAGUAUUUUCAUCCAGUCACGCGAAUGCAACGAACGCCACCGUUUUCAUCCGACCACUGUGAUCAAGAUUCCUCCCGGCGGAUCGUUACGUGUCUUCUCCAAUCGACAAUUUGCCCAAAUCCUACGGUACACUGUCACACAAGGCGUGGAAGCUACCUAUGACCUGAUCCGUAUGUGCACCAUCCGAAUGAGCUUUGUCAAAGGUUGGGGUGCUGAGUAUCAUCGACAAGAUGUGACUUCAACCCCGUGCUGGAUUGAAGUUCAUCUACGUGGUGCACUACUUUGGCUUGAUCGUGUUCUCCGCCAAAUGGGCCCCUCGCGUAAUCCAAUCUCCUCGGUCUCCUGA